AUGCCGAAUAAUUCACCCACUUUACCAAAUGCAAGUGAUGCUCCAGACCGUGUUCUGGUUCAAACUGACAAUUUCCAUAUACCGAGAGACUUCGGUCAAUACUCAACAAGGUAAAUUUUAGUCAACAAAUCAUGAAACUUGUAAACUGGACAUACUGUAGUUGGACAACACGUGGCUUUAUUACAGAAAAAACCAUUUGGGAUAUUUUUUAAAAAAAAUUCUCGAUUUUCUCAAUGUGCAAAACGUUUUUUUAUAGCUUUCGGGCCAGAAUUCAAUCGUCUCAAAUGGAAUUGAGAUUUAUCAACGAUCUUUUGAUAGAAUAUCCUGAUGCGAUUGUCCAGACUUUGGAUGAAAUGCAUAUAAUCAACUUCGUAAGUUUUUUUUGGAAAUUGGUAUGAAAUUUUCCAAGAGUCUAACGCGGAUACUGUAUUGUAAAAGAAUGUAACAGCAAAAUAAUAUUAAUUCAUAGAUUGUUAUUGUUCAGUAUUUUGCAAAAAGUAAGACUAAUACUCUUUUUUUUUUCAGAAACUUCAAUGGGAAGCUUCAAAAUUCGUGAAUGAGAACAAGGAUUUCACAACACUUCCUCAAGCUAACACCAUCAAGAUGGAUAACAUCAACAAGUGUAUCGACCAAGAUGCAAUUCUAGAAAACAUGAAGAAAAUUGCAACGAUUGUAAAAGUGGAAAAAUUCAAAGAUUCCACUUUUGCUCUAGUUGAACUUGACAGCCAAGCGGAUGUUUGGAAAAUUUUGGAUCACUUCAAUCAAAUAUUAUUUAUCUUUGCGGGUGAGUUUUCAAAUAUUUGUUUCAAGCCUCAAAAACAGAAAAUGUUUCAGUGAGAAUGUUUUGCCAACGACAGCAACAGUUCAUCAUUUCCCAGAAUUGAAUUGGCAUACGGAUGGAGGAACUGAUGCAAAGUGAGUAUUUUCUAUAAUCUAUAUAAAAUUUUUACAUCUUUCAGAUUUAAAAUCGUGUAUUGA